AUGGAGAGAAUAUAUACCAGACCCCAUCUGUUUCUGGCACAGAAGGGGGAAAUGUCAUAAUGAACUGCACUUUGUUCAUUGAAAACUUAGGACCUGUUAAGUGGUACAAGGGAAAAGAUCUGCAGAAGCUCAUUUACUCACAAGUUGAAAGUGACAAACCUGAUACAAGAGUAAACAAGGCUGCACAUAAAGGCUUAAACAGAGAUGUUGAUUUCACCAUCACAUUUACUAAUAUUACCUUAGAGGAUGCUGGGACAUAUUACUGUGUGAAGUUUAAACCAAACAGGGACACUGCCGGACAAGUAGGAUCAGGAACCCAACUUUAUGUGAACAGACACCCUUCCCCUCCAUCAAUUUCUGGGCCAACUGAGAGAGUUCGGUUUAAUACAAAUGUAACAUUUAACUGUAAAUCUGAACGAUUUUACCCACCAGAGGUCAAUGUUACAUGGUGGGAGAAUGAGAUCGAGCUUCUGGGAUCCAAAUCUGAAGUCAGUUUUGAUUAUGGAAGCAUGGUAUACCAAGUACAAAGCAACAUCACUGUUGUAGCAAGAAUAAACACACCUGUCACCUGCAAAAUUAAUCACGCACUGUUAGACCAACCUAUAAAUUCAACCUUCAGGAUAAACAAUAUUGUGAAAGACAGGAAUAGUAUGAAUGAAGAUGAGACAGAAGAGAAACAGAAAGCCAUUAGUAUGAGAUAG